AUGUUCAGAAUUAAAAUAAUGUCAAGCAUUGCUUUAUCUUCAAUCUCGCUGAGCAUUUUGUUUCUUCUGCAGACGGUAAAUUAUAUAGGUUUAGAAUCAUCAGGUGUGUACUUGUUUUCAACUCUGACAGCCGGAAUCGUCACGCUGAUAUUUGCUGCUCUCUCGGCUCUAUCCGUUUUCAUACAACCUUCAAGAGAAACAGCACUCGCAUCCACGACAGUCUUUAUUACCUCCAUUGUCUGGGCCUCAGUUGGUCUGUCAGAUAUUUCCAACGAAGUCAUUCAAAGCAUAUCCGAAGGAAACUCGUCAGCGGAAACGUUUUCACAAAGAGAAGUUUUACUUCCGGGUCAUGGAACGGUUGCACUUUUAUUCGGCAUUUUCUCGGUCUGUUUACUCACAUACAAUCACAAGAAAGACUUGGCUGCUUUCAUGCUUCUUUCAUUCUUGUUGUCGGUGUGCGUCAUCGUCAAUACGUGGGUAGAUUUUAAAGGACGUAGUUUGCUUUUUAUAUCACUUUCUUUUACUACCUCCUAUAUUAGUGUCAAAAUACUGCUAGAAUCAUUUACAAGAAAUACUCAGAAAACACAAAAUGAUGACACUGAGUUUGACGACAAACGGACGAUUAGAUUUGCUUUGAAUGUCCUUUCCCUUUCUCCUUGGAUCUUUCGAAGUAUUGCAUUAACCGAUGUUGCUGCCCGCAGUUUCGUUUGGCCGUUAACAUCCGGUCUAUUUCUCCUCGUCCAUGGACUAUCGGGACUGAGAAGGGGAACUGUCACUGUAUCUAACUAUGCUGUAGUUGAUGGUCUAUUCUGGAGCUCACUGGGCGGGUCUAUGUUUAUAAACGUCUUGAAAGAUUAUACAAAUGUUCUGUUUCCAGCCGUUUCAAUUCCAGUGUUGGUGAUUUUUCUAUUACUUGCUCUGAUAUUAUUUUAUACCGAAGUUUUAUUGUCCUUACAGUAUUUCUUUCUUUCAAUGUUUGUGCUAGUUAUAACCUUUGAUGACGAAGGAGGGGUUUCUGUUGCCGUUUUUACUUGGAUUUGUUUCACUUUACACGUAUAUGGGUACAUAUCUACGUUGUCAAGAUCAUUUUCAUUCAAAAUUCAGCCUCCUGUUGGACAAAACGCUCUUGAUAAGAUAAGUCCAAAAUGUUCUGGUCUGAAAGUUUUCUUUGAAAAUAAAGUUGAGACAGAAAACAGCUCUAAAAAUGUGUUUGAAUCGGACACAAUGCUUGGUUAUUCCAGGUAUGCUAACUUGGAAAUGAUUGGUUAUCUAUCGAACUUCAUUAGCGUCCUUUUGUUUGCCUGGGUUCCAAGUGAUACAACAUUGCUGUUGUUGCCUUGGAAUAUAACUUUUGGUUGUUGUAUUCAGUUUGCUGUGGGGUUUAUUGGUUUCUCUCGAGGUCAGACGUUUGAAAGUUCAUCUUUCCUAAUAUUUGCCUCCUUUUGGUCGAUCUGGGGAAGCUUGAGGGCGCUGGAUGUCACUGACUCGGGAAUGUCUCUUGGAAUCGGAGUAGGCGCCUUUCUGUUGAUAGGACUAGUGUUCAUUGGACUGUCUAUAACGGUGAGCAAAGCUUGGACGGGUAUAUUUGCAUGUUUUGUUUUGUUUAUAAUAACUAUAAUUCUAAAACUAUUCGGGGUAUCUGAUGGAUACAUUGCUGAGAAAAUAUUUGCAGUUUUGUUGUCAUUGGCACUGCUUUACACUUUUCUGUCUUACACUGUGAAAUUGACCUGCGGAAGAGAUAUAUUACCAUUAGGAAGACCUCUUCUGCAAAUCAGUCAAAUAAGUAAAUGUAAGGAUCAAAUGCUGUGGGCAUCUUCCCGUAAAUCGAGUGGUGUUAAACAAAUAGCUGAGAUGCUGAAGACUGGUGGCAUUUGUGGAAUUCCUUCAGAUGUAGUAUACGUUCUGGUGGCUUGCUGCAACCAUCCAAAAGCUGUAGAGAGAGCAUACAAGACAAAAAAGCAGGCAGAGGACCGUCCCAUGUCGGUGUGGAUAUCUAACUUCCGGCAAAUAGAAGCAGCUCGUCAAGAGUUUGGACCCCUUCUUUGGGAUUUUCUGCACGAAAUCUGGCCGUCAAAUGUUUCUGCUGUUGUGAAAAGAGGUGAAUGGGUGAAAUAUUUAGGACUUGAAGAAUCGGAGAGGUUUGUUGGUCGUCCAGACAGCGUUGCUAUUCGAAUCCCAGAUAGUACAAUUACCUGUCACCUCAUAGAUCAGUGUGGUCCCGUGACUGUUACGUCAGCAAAUCCCACGGGGGAAGGGGACACCACCCAUCACCUCCAAGUUUUGGCAAAGCUUGGAACCGAAAUGCUGGUAACGGUCUCGACAGAAAAGUGAAAAACUCUUGAAAAUUUCCGGUUACUGAAGGACGAGCGUGAUCCCAUCGCUGUUUUUACAUUACUGGAAGAAAUAAUUUCGUGCCUGGGCCAUGAACAUUAAAUAAAUUUUGUGACGAUAACCUCGUAAUUACGGCACAUUAUAUGUUCACAAUUGACAUAAAGUCGUAUGGAUGAACCUGUUGGGGCAUCAGUCCCGUUACACGUUAGUUUGUGACGGUUCAUAAUCUAGAAGCACAUAUGUGAACCGUGUUCAAGUAAACGAUCAGUAAGGCCAAUUCAUCUUAAUUGAUAGAUUAUCAUCCCGGUCCGUCCCAAUUUUUUUAUUUAGCGAAACUUGCGAUUUCCAGAAAAUUUUCAUAUCCGACUCUGGUAUUUACACUUCUUGUUUGCAUUUCCAGUAUAGCAACGUGAACAACCACGUUAAGAAAAUAGAUGUGGUUUUCUUAAUUUCUCACGUUCUUACGGGCGUAAAUGAAAGGAAGGGAUUAAUGUUCUUCAUAUCUUGAAGAAGUUUGGUGUCUUUCUGUGUUUGAAAUUUAAGCUUAACCUGGAAUUUGUCUGUGAAAUAAGCAUAGAUUGAUAUCCAUCUGGCAUUGACAAAAACUUGUUUGUCAUUAAUAUUUUCCUCAGAAAAUAGAAAUUAAAAAAUAAAAUCCUCCCACCCGCCCCAUACGUUUUGCUGACCCUGGAUGAUAAUAUACUAAUUAAGUUGAAUUGGCCUAAUCAAGAUUCAGAAAACAAUAAUACUCACAUUAACAUAUGACAGUUUGAGGAAUGGCAAACAUUUUGACGUGAUUUAUGCAUAUCCUAUGGAUAACAUAUAUAGUUAAUAGUUUUCUGGAACCAUGAAGUCAAUAUCAGGACCCUCCAAUAGAAAUUCUUGUAUAUGUACAAUUAAGAAUUCAUGGAUAUAUUUCAUGGUUGAAUGUGAUUACGAUUCAAGGAGUCAUAAAUUUUGAAUCAUUACUUCCUAUUUCAGUGUGAUGGUAUUUUAUGUGACGGACCUUCGAUGGAAAACGCCAUUUCUACGGUUGUUGAUUGUCGCGAAAUAGACAAUGGGAAACUGGGGUUCUUCCGAAUCGGCCUCACUCCAAAAUCUGCAGUCUUAGAAAUCUUAGACAGAGUAUUGGAGAGACAUGGGAAGCUUACGAAACAAAGUGAAGGCAUUCACAUGAACGGUGUUGCCGACUCCGCCAAAGACAACCUCGCUUUCGAAAUAGAAGCUGUAAAACAUCAUAAAAAUUGAUUUAAAGAAUUCUUGGUUUCUUGUCAUUGUUCAACUCAAAAAGUUUCUUUUUUGCAAAUAAACUGUUGUUUAAUGUU